AUGACCCUUAAGGGUGGAACCACACAGGCCUGCGCUGCAUGCAAAUUUCAGAGAAGAAAGUGCACUCCCGAGUGUCUUCUUGCACCAUACUUCCCUGCAGACCAACCAAAAGUGUUCCUUAAUGUCCACAAGCUAUUUGGGGUGAGCAACAUUGUGAAAAUAUUAAAGGACGUGGAUCCUAGUCAGAAGAAGAAUGCUAUGGAGUCCAUCAUCGUUCAAGCUAGUUAUCGCGAUAAGUACCCGGUUCGUGGUUGCGUGGAAGAAAUUUGCAGGCUGCAAAACCAAAUUUGGCUGCACGAAGAAGAGCUUCAUGCUGUGUAUCAGCAGCUUGAGAUGUGCAGGCAACACCAACAGCAGCAGCACCAAGGGAUUCAUCACGUUGUUCCUGAUGAUCUUGCAUCACAGUUAGAGUUGGGAAUGGCGCCACGCGCUGCCAACAAUGCUCUUCCGCUGUUUAAUCACGCGCCACAGCCCCAGCAGCAGCAGCAACAGGUUUACAAUACUUCUGUGGCUGCUUUGCCUGUGUCACAGCAACAUUCAUAUUCCAACAGCAACAGUGUGGAUUAUAACUCCCUUUACAUUGAAUCCAAGGAAAACAACAAUAAUGGAACAAAUCCUUUGUGGGUACCUUAUGCAAAUAACAAUGGAAGUCCCAUAGCAAUGCAGUCUCAGAUGGUUACCUCACAGGCACUAUCCAUGCACCAAGAAGCUGCUGGGGAUUAUGAUGAGAUGCAUCCAUUUUUCGAAACGAUUGAUGAUAGGCAAUCAUAUAUUUAUUCCAAGGAGGCUUAUGAAUCAAGCUCAGAAGAAUCACUGAAAGAUUCAAGAAAGUGCACCGAGCACGUUGCUGAGAAUGAAUUGAAGAGUGCUGCCGCAUGCUUCAGCCUUACCAGUGUCAACUAAUAAGUGAGCUUCGCUCCUCCCCUUGAACAAAUUGAAAAGAUAUAAUAGGUUUCCUUUCCUUUUUGGAUUCAUUUUUGCUUUUGAUUAUUAAAUUUUCGAUCCUUAACUUGUAAACAUUUUAAAUAGAAGAAGCACAUACUUUUUAUCAUCUAUCAAUUGCAUGGCUUAUGUAGUGGAAGAGAAUAUUAUACAGACCUCAUGUUUUCCUCAAUUCUGUGUUCUGUUUAUAUGCUUGGCUGUUAUCUACUGCCAUUCUUAAAUGUUAACACUUUGAGGGCUGACAUACCCAUACAAAGGCUCUAUUUUCGGGGGAAAAAAAUCAGCAUAACUCCAUAAAAAUUUGGGAGCAACUUUAUAUAUUUCCUUCCAAUAUUUAUUAACAUCAUCUCGGAAAAAAUACUUAUUGCAAUAACAGAGC